CCCACUCCUUCAGAUAACAUACAUCACCCUCCCCUAUUCUCCCCCCUCAUCCCUCUCUAUUUCCUACUACUAUCUUUCCAUCUCUCUCUAGCUAUUUGUAUUUGUAUUUGGUGAGUGAGUGAGAGCGUCGCAGUAGUAGACUGCAGAGUAAUCAGAGAAAAAAGCAGAACAGGACAGCCCAGAAGCAUCCCCCGCCUCACCCAGCAUUUUUCCAGCCAUAUCAUACCUUAUUAUUUCUUUCACCUUUUUCUCCUGUCACUGGAUUCAUCAAACCCCAUGAACUCCCCCUUAUAAUACUCCCAUUCGGUUCCCUAGCGAGCACCUCAAUACGGCACCAUGCAUUCUCUCCAAUUCACAAUGUGCUGUAUCCUUUUCUAAGAGAAAUUAUAGUCUUCUGCAUCCCCUUGUUUUCUUGAUCAAAACCCUGAAAUUUCAUCUAGAGGUACACACUUCUUGUAGUCCAUUAGUGUUUUAGCUACUAGUGUUGGGCUCAAUGGCAAACUACCACUACUAUGAAAGCAGUGAUGCACAUUUGCCUCCGGGGUUCAGAUUUCAUCCAACGGAUGAAGAGCUCAUAACUUACUACCUUCUGAAAAAGGUUCUUGACAGCAAUUUCACUGGAAAAGCCAUUGCUGAAGUUGAUCUCAACAAGUGCGAGCCCUGGGAGCUUCCUGAGAAAGCCAAGAUGGGGGAGAAAGAAUGGUACUUUUUCAGCUUGAGGGAUAGGAAGUACCCGACAGGAUUGAGGACUAACAGGGCAACAGAAGCUGGUUACUGGAAGGCUACAGGAAAAGACAGGGAAAUAUACAGCUCCAAGACUUGCUCCCUUGUUGGCAUGAAGAAAACCCUGGUUUUCUACCGUGGCAGGGCUCCAAAAGGAGAGAAGAGCAACUGGGUAAUGCAUGAAUAUCGGCUUGAAGGCAAAUUUGCCUACCAUUACCUCUCUAGAAGUUCCAAGGAUGAGUGGGUGAUUUCAAGGGUGUUUCAAAAAUGCGGUGCCGGAGCCGGCCCCGGCUCCGGCGGAGGCAAGAAGAGGUUGGCCCCUGGAAUCAACCUUUACCCUGAAGCUAGCUCUCCAUCUUCAGUUUCUCUUCCGCCGCUGCUCGACUCUUCUACUUACACCGCCACCAGUGCCACCUCUGCUUCCACCACUGACCAUGAGAGCUGCUCGUAUGAUUGCAACUCCGCAAAAGAGCAUGUGCCCUGUUUCUCCAAUUCUGCUGCUGCAUCUUUCAACCAUAAUUCUCUAUUUGAGCUGCCUCCACCGCCAUUGCCGCCGCCAGCUCCCGCAGCAACAUUGCUGUCUUCUCUAUUUGAUCCAUCACCAUCAUCUGGAGCCCGUUUCCCAAGGAUUAAUGCUGGCCUGUCUGCUUUUCCUAACUUGAGGUCCUUGCAGGAGAACCUACACUGCCCUUUCUUCUUCCCCACGGCUGCGGCUGCUGCACCACCACCUCAGCCCAUUAACGGCAGCGAUGAGAAUGGAAUUCAUUAUGGCUCUGUCACCAACUGGGCUGCGCCGGAUAAUCAGAAAGUGGGGCCAACUGAGCUUGAUUGCUUGUGGAGCUUCUGAAUCACCUAGACCUUUCCUUUGAGGCUUGAGAUUAAUCUAGUAGUAUUUGCUAAUCUAAUCAGAGAAUAAUAUCUCUGUAGUGUAAUGUUAGUUCUCUCUCAUAGGAGAAACUUAUCUCGGUAAUUAUAGUAGUAUUGUUGCUUUAGGAUUAUAAUAAUUAAUGUCCCGUAUUAGGUCGUGGUACCUGAAUCCUGAUGCAGCCCUAGUUGUCCUGGUAUGAAGCUGCUUUAUUAGUACUUAGUAGUAGCAUUUUCGCAUGUUACUACUCUAUUUCCUCCUAGGUGAUAAAUAUGCCAGUAAUUAUUCGAAUGUUG